CGUGUUUAGUGACGUAGAACACAGGAACGCCCCCCAUAAACGCAGACAGGAAAUAUGCGGUAACGAGUCAAGUUGAACGAAAUGGGUUAAAUAGACGGGAAAACAAAGAAACAUUUAGUUGUUGAGCUCAUAGUAUGUUUGUUUGUUCGUUACCUCAACGCGUGUAUCUCUAACUAGUUAAUCAUGGUGUGUUUUAAUACGUUAUCCAGCUCGUUUACCCUAAACCUGAGUCAAAUAGUCAAAAACAGGACAGUCAAUAUUUUUUUGCAUACAUAGAAAGCUCAAAGGCAAUGGCUGAAAUGGAUAUAAAAGUUGCCUUUGUAAGCAACCUUAACGGCACGACGCUGACAGAAGUGUCUCUCGGGUCCUUCCUUGCCCCACUUUGUCUUCUCAGCCGGGGCUUAGUCUUGCUUGUUUUUCACCUAAAUAAAUUCGUUCUUCCACUAAGCAGCAGUGCUCACCUGCUUUUGGAUUUCAUUCUGCUCAUAGCACCGCUGGUACUCUCAUGCACCGUGCUUAGUGACAUUCUUCAUUGGGUUAUUAUAGCCAUUGCUGCUGUUGAUGUUUGUGCAGUUUCUAUCCUGUACUCCAAAAGGAGUAAAAAACAUGCUGCUCGUCAGAGUAUGAUUGACAGCUUUGAACACAGCCAUGUCGAGUCCAAGCUGGUGCCUUUUUUAACCGCAUUCAGGGUGCUGGUCAACGUCAAGACGGCUAUCAGCAUUCUAGCUGUGGAUUUUAGUGUUUUUCCAAGGAGAUACGCCAAAACCGAGAUAUAUGGGACAGGGGUUAUGGACUUCGGAGUUGGAGCUUAUGUUAUGGCAAAUGCAAUGGUGUGUCCUGAAGCUAGAGGGAAGAAAGUACAGGGUUCGAAACUGAGCCAUUUGUCAAAGCAGGUUUUUUCUGUCUGGCCCCUGGUCGUGCUCGGAUUUGUGAGGCUGGCGAGCGUAAAAUCCACAGGUUAUCACGAACACAUAACUGAAUACGGGGUGCACUGGAACUUCUUUUUCACUUUAGCCAUUGUGAGAGUGGUGGCGUCGACUAUCCUCACCGUGUUUCCCAUCAGUGUCUCCUGGCUCUUGUCACUGCUGAUCAGUGGAGCUUACCAACUCAUCUUAGAGACAACUGAUCUGAAAUCAUUUCUCACUCAGAACUUUGAGCGCAGUAACAUUGUGGAGGCCAAUAAAGAAGGAAUAUUCUCUGUAGUGGGUUAUGUCGCUGUCUACAUGGCUGGAGUUCAGGUCGGUGUCUAUCUAAUGAAGACUAGAACUCUGGUCAAGGACUGGAUACGAGUUAUCCGAAAUCUUCUCCUGGGAAGCUUUGGACUUUGGGUUGCUUUGCAUGUCUGUCAAAUGCACAUAGAGCCAGUUUCACGUCGCAUGGCCAACCUGCCAUUCUGUUUAUGGACCAUAGCACAGUCUCUGUUUUUUCUUUCCUGUUUGGGCAUAGCUGAUAUUGCACUGCUUUUUACCAAAGUGGUGUCCAAUUUUUCUGCUCUGCCAGCCUCCUGGAAUCCCAGCCGACGUUCGGAAACAGAACAGAAAAUAAGAAAAAAAGUGGACGCUUUGUGUUUAAUUCAGUCAGUGAACAGGAACCAGUUGUUGUUCUUCCUGCUGGCAAAUUUGAUGACUGGAUUAACCAACAUACUCGUAGACACUCUGAAAAGCAACGACUUCUUUGCUGUUUGUGUUUUGCUCUCUUACAUGUUCAUGAACAGUUUAAUUAUAUUCAUUUUGCAUGUAAAUAAUAUUACAAUAAAAUUUUGGUAAUUUUUGAAUAAUCAGUGCUGUGAAGAUAUCAGAUGAACAAGAUUGUGUCAUUAUUAUGAACAAGUUGAUCUGUGAUAUAGCAAAUAAAAAAAUUAAAGUGAGCUUAUACAAUACAGACCUGCAUGUUUUACUAUCAACAAGAAAAACACAAACUGGCUGUGAUAAAUUCUGUAUGUAAACAAUGCUAUUAUUUCUCGGGUUAAGGUUAUUAUUAAAUCUGUAUGAUA